ACACUUGUUUCUUGUUGUCAAUAAACUUGCGCAUACGUGUAUGUCAGCGCUCAGCUGCUCACGUGGAGGAAAUUGAUUUAUAGUGUGUCAGUGCUGUUAGCCGGUGUUAAGUGAAUAGUAGUCGUGUUUGGGCUCGUGGAAGACUUUGUGUAUCUCAGUUUAGCGCAUCAGACGUUCAAUUUCGGACAGCCUUAUUACUUAAUCGUCAAAUUUUGCACCCCUAUUACUGUCUCUGUACUUAACAUAAAUAUUUCAGAAGCGGAGACUUCUCAACGAAGUCUUGUACAUAAUCGUUUAAGAACACCUGUAUUGUUGUGGCCAAAGGAUUUACAUAAAAAUGAUACCCUUAACAGGUGCGAUUCUGUGCCUAAUAGUCUUGCAAGCAGCAGGACAACGAGUGGCUCCAGGUGUGCCUCCCCAGCAGUAUAUGCAACACCAGCAAGUUCCACAACACCAACCUGGAAUGCAACAGCAGGUUCCUGUGCAACAGGCGGUACCAGGCCAAGUCCAUGUGCCUGUCCAGCAGGGUGUGCCCAUGCAGCAGGGUGUGCCCAUGCAGCAGGGUGUGCCCAUGCAGCAGGGUGUGCCCAUGCAGCAGGGUGUGCCUGUACAGCAGGGUGUGCCUGUACAGCAGGGUGUGCCUGUGCAACAGGGUGUACCAGUCCAACAGGGUGUGCCUGUGCAACAGGGGGUACCGGUCCAGCAAGGGGUGCCAGUCCAACAGGGAGUGCCUGUGCAGCAUCAGCAGAUUCUGAAUGCUGCUAACAUUGCUCAUGAGAAAGACCACAUACAGGAACACAUGGAAGUUCCAAUAGAUACAAGCAAAAUGACUGAACAGGAACUUCAGUUUCACUAUUUCAAAAUGCAUGAUGCAGACAAUAAUGACAAACUAGAUGGUUGUGAGCUCAUAAAGUCACUUAUUCAUUGGCAUGAAUCUGGAGACCAUCCAGGAGGCGCAGUGCAGACUGAUGAAGAACUAGCAAGCAUUGUGGAUCCUGUAUUAGCAGAAGCUGACACGAAUGGGGAUGGUUAUAUUGAUUAUGCGGAAUUCAAGAAACAUGACAAGCAAUAAGUGACAAUUUCAUUCAGACCAAACUAGUAACAAUUGUCAUUUAUAUUAUGGUUGUGAAAUUAGUUUAACAAUGUAACUGAAAAUGUUUGCACCUGGUUACCAAUUCCAUUUGGCCAUAGAAAUUACUGAUACUGGUUUGUGUUUUGUGGUUGUUUUAAAUGUAAAUCAUGGGCUCAUCAAUUUUAACAUCAUGGAGGAAUUUUCAGAGAAUUAUUUUCAUUUGUUAAUAUUGCCAAUUUUUGGCUUUUCUGCAUUUUGUCAUUCUUUUAAAAAGCGUGAUAAAUUCUUUGCAUUGUUAAUUUUCUGAUUUAAUAUGUAAUGAAAACUUCAUUACUUUUUGGUAUUAUACUUUUGUUGAUUUUGUUCAUGUGUUGUUUUGUAGUGCAAUACAUCCUAUGUUUGUCUUUUUGAGAAUGAGUGUGAUUUUAUCACCUUGGUGUUUUGAAAACUGUGGUAGAUCGAGUGUAUGUGUAGAAUAACUGUUGAAGAAGAGAGGAAAUUUGGAAAUAAAAUUUUUCUAUUCAUUCUA